AUGAGUGUCGAUGCUUACGACGGAACGACUGGUUCCCAAUCGCUGACCUUUGUCGAUACAGAAGAGAACUUCUUCGUGGGAGCUGACUCGCAGGGUACCGAGUAUGACUUUCGCGACUUUACGAUACCUUCGCAAAGUCAGACCCAAGCCUCGCAGCUCGAUCAUCUUGGAGGAAGCAGUCAGGUAAAUGGAUUCGGACGGCGUAUAGGCGCUGAUCCGACCAAGUUGUCCGGCAUAACUUCGGCCAUCGGCGAGCUGCAGUUUGAGGAGGAUGAGGAUGAGCUGGACCCAGUGGAGAAUAAGGAUCUUCCUCCACAUGCGUGUCGUUACUGUGGCAUACACGAACCAAGCACUGUGGUGAUGUGUAAUAUAUGCAAAAAAUGGUUCUGUAAUGGUCGCGGAAGCACGUCCGGGUCACACAUUGUGAAUCAUCUGGUACGGGCCAAGCAUCGGGAAGUUACGCUGCACGCGGACGGUCCCCUAGGCGAGACAGUCUUGGAGUGUUAUUCGUGCGCCGUUCGGAACGUGUUUGUGCUCGGAUUCAUUCCCGCCAAAAGCGACUCGGUCGUUGUGCUGUUGUGCAGACAACCGUGUGCCGCACAGAACUCAAUCAAGGACAUGAACUGGGACCAGGAACAAUGGAAACCGCUGAUCGCAGAUCGUUGCUUCCUGUUUUGGUUGGUAAAGAUCCCAACCGAGCAGGAUCAGUUGCGUGCGCGCAAAGUGUCCGCGGCUCAAAUUAACAAGCUGGAAGAGCUGUGGAAAGAAAACGUUGAUGCAACGUUCCAGGAUCUGGAGAAGCCAGGCAUCGACAAGGAACCGCAACAGGUUCAGUUACGUUACGUCGAUGGGUAUCAGUACCAAAAUACGUUCGGACCACUAGUGAAGUUGGAGGCGGAUUACGAUGAAAAGUUGAAGGAAAGUCAAACGCAGGAGAACAUUGAAAUUCGUUGGGAUACGGGCUUGAACAAGAAAACGAUCGCUUAUUUCACGCUGGCGAAGAACGACGGAGAUAUGAAGCUGAUGCACGGGGAUGAACUGAAGCUGCGCUACGUCGGAGAGCUGCACAAGCCGUGGAGUUGCAUUGGACACGUGAUUAAGGUGCCGGACAACUAUGGUGACGAUGUUGGCUUAGAGCUGAAACACAACCAUCAGGCACCGAUAGAGCGCACCAGCAACUUCUCAGUAGAUUUCAUCUGGAAAGGCACGUCGUUCGAGCGGAUGCAACAAGCGUUGCGCAAGUUUGCGAUGGAUGCCAAAAGCGUUUCGAACUACAUUUACACCCGUUUGCUUGGAAAUGUUCGGGCCGAUGGUGCUGAGGAGGUGCUGUUUCGGUUGAAUUUGCCCAAACACUUCAGUGCCCCCAAUCUGCCCGAUCUUAACCGGUCUCAGGUGUACGCGGUCCGGCACGCACUGCAACGUCCAUUGAGCCUGAUCCAAGGUCCGCCCGGAACAGGAAAGACAGUCACCUCGGCCACAAUUGUGUACCAACUGGCGCGUCUUAACAGUGGGCCAAUCUUAGUGUGUGCCCCGAGCAACACUGCUGUCGAUCAGCUAACGGAAAAAAUACACCGUACAAAUCUGAAGGUAGUGCGCGUGUGUGCACGAUCGCGGGAGGCGAUCGACUCACCGGUUAGCUUUCUGGCGCUGCACAAUCAAAUCCGUAAUAUGGCACAGAACUCGGAAUUGAAAAAAUUGCAGCAAUUAAAGGAUGAAACCGGUGAGUUGAGUCUUUCGGAUGAACGCCGGUAUCGGUCAUUGAAAAAGCAAUCCGAACGUGAACUGUUGGAAGCGGCCGAUGUCAUUUGCUGUACCUGCGUAGGAGCAGGUGAUCUUCGUUUGCAGCGCAUCAAGUUCAAUUCCAUCUUGAUUGACGAAUCGAUGCAAUCAACCGAGCCGGAGUGUAUGGUACCGGUGGUGCUGGGAGCCAAACAGCUCAUUCUGGUUGGCGAUCACUGUCAGCUGGGCCCGGUAGUGAUGUGCAAGAAGGCAGCUAAGGCUGGUUUGUCGCAAAGUCUGUUCGAACGGUUGGUGGCUCUUGGCAUUCGUCCCUUUAGGCUUGAGGUGCAGUACAGAAUGCAUCCGGAGCUCUCACAGUUUCCGUCGAACUUCUUUUACGAGGGCAGUCUUCAGAACGGUGUAUGCGCGGAUGAGCGCAAGCUUAAAGUUGAUUUCCCAUGGCCCUCUCUGGAGUGUCCGAUGUUUUUCCUUGUCACUCAGGGACAGGAAGAAAUCGCAGGAUCAGGUACGUCAUACCUUAACCGUACGGAGGCAUCGAAUGUGGAAAAAAUAACCACUCGAUUCCUGAAAGCUGGUAUAAAGCCGGAACAAAUCGGUAUCAUUACGCCGUACGAAGGACAGCGGGCGUACCUGGUUCAGUACAUGCAGUAUCAGGGUUCAUUGCACUCGAAGCUGUACCAGGAAAUUGAAAUAGCCAGCGUGGAUGCUUUUCAAGGUCGAGAGAAGGAUAUCAUUAUCAUGUCCUGUGUACGUGCGAAUGAACACCAGGGUAUAGGGUUUCUGAACGAUCCACGUCGAUUGAACGUUGCGCUGACCCGUGCCAAAUAUGGUAUCAUUAUUGUCGGCAACCCAAAGGUGCUCGCCAAACAGGAACUUUGGAACCAUCUGCUGAACUUCUACAAGGACAAAAAGGUACUGGUGGAAGGAUCGCUCAACAAUCUGAAGGAAUCGAUGAUUCAGUUCACGAAACCGAAGAAGAUCAUCAAUACACUGAACCCCGGUUCACAUUUCAUGACCAAUGCCAUGUAUGACGCCAAGGAGGUCCUGGGCGGUGGUUAUUUCGAUCGUAAUCCUGGCCCUUCAUCCAGUUACGCACACAAUCCGCUCGCGGGGUACGGUAACACGAAUACCUAUCACCAGCAGGGUGGAUUUAUGGACAUGACCAAUCAUGGCAGCAGUAACAGCGCCAAUACACCGCUUGAUGCGUUCAUGCGCAAAGUUCACGAUCCAAUCGGUUACAUUUCACCCCAACGUUCACAUCCCGCCGUUAGCAAUAUGCCGGUCCCGGUGGGAAUGUUCAUCAACAUGUCGAACGCACCGUCACGCUUUUAUCAACAGCAGCAGGCAGCAGCAAUCCAGGCGGCCAAACAAACGCGUCGCCCGGUGGUAGGAAAAACUGCUAGCCAGUUGCUAGCUUCCGGUGCGGGUUCAAGCUCCGUUGCUAAACCGAGUCGCCCGCGUCCAAUAGGGCCUCCUAGUAGUAGCCACAAUACCCACGCGAUGAACAGCACGGGCGCUUCACUUACCCAGGGCAUGUCGCAGAAUAUGUCCCAACCGGGCUUCAGUCUGUCGCAGCAAGCAGAAUUUUCCCAGGACUACAUGGGUGACUAUCAGUCGCAAAUGGACAACAUACUGUCGCAAGAAUCAAACUAUCACAGCCAAUCCGGCCCGGGCGAUCGUUUGGCGUUCGAACUGGCAAACAGUUCCCAAUUCUCCCAACCGUACUGA